UCGAGCUCAUCUAGCAAUGUUACGAACCAAUUAUUUGAUGGCAUCAGCCGCGUUCUUCCUAAUGAAUGCUAUGCUCUUCCGUCUAGCCAGCUGCAAUGUUUAUCGAACACACGAUGCCUUCUUAAUUGACGGCGCAGAAACGCGAAACGACGGCGGGUUUUACCAGCCAAGCCAUUUGGCGAGCAAUACCUUCAUGCUGACGGCAAACUCGUGUUUCUCGAGGCAUGGCUACUUCGGCUCCUGUUCACCCCUUCGCGCUUGCUACACGCCGACGAGGUUGUCCCAAGUAAAUCAGUUGGAACUCUGGGCCAUCCUAGCUAACAGCGCUUGCCAAUACGCCGAUGAGGAUGGCAACCAGGUUUACGGAGUCUGUUGUCCCAGACAAGCAAUGCAAGCCAAUGGCAACGUGCAGGUUGUUGGCAAUGUCGCAGUCGGCUCCAUCGCGAUGCUGGAGCGAAUCAACCCUUACAACAGCCCGUCGUCCAGACCACCGUAUGUUCGUCCGGAGAUCAAUGGCCCACCGAGGCCAAGUGGCUCCGCCAUCAGUGCGUCCAAUGACACCAGGCAGACGACCAGCUGUGGCGUGGGGCCCACUAAAACGCUUAGUUUUGACGAACAGCGCAUCGUUGGAGGAACCAACGCCGCCAAGAAUUCGUGGCCUGGCAUAGUGGCGUUGAGAUCGAACGGCUUCGCUAUCUGCGGUGGAUCUUUGAUUUCGCCGACCCACGUUCUGACAGCCGCUCAUUGCGUUGACUCGGUGACCCAGUGGAACAUCAAAGAGCUUUCCGUCGACUUGGGCAUGCACAGCUUAGAACCAAGCGACGCUCAGGAAACGAGAGCAGUUCGCAGAGUGAUCAUUCACGGCCAAUGGGAUCCCGCAACCAACAACAACGACGUGGCCAUUUUGACUCUGUCGUCGCCAGUGCCUUACGGCGCCACCAUAUCGCCCGUCUGUUUGCCGCCACAGACUGCCAGCGAUCAGUACGUUAACCGAGAGGCAGCCAUUAUCGGAUGGGGAACGGUGGAAGAAGGUGGAUCUCAGCCGGCCGUCCUACAACAAUCGACCGUCAAAAUCAUAGCCAACACGAAAUGCAGGUCAAGUUAUCCAGAUAUUACCAACGGCAUGUUAUGCGCCGCAGCUCCUGGUACUGACACUUGCCAGGGUGACAGCGGUGGUCCGUUGCUCGUCCGGCCAUCGCUGCGCUCCCCUUGGAUCCAGGUUGGAAUCGUCAGCUACGGUGUCGGUUGUGCCCAGCCAGAAUAUCCGGGCGUCUACGCCAGAGUGACAUCUUACCGCAGCUGGAUCAAGAGAUACGCUAAUGUCUAAGAUUUCCUGGCCAAGCAUGUGUCGCGGAAGAGGUGGGAACUUGCAGUACAGUUCGAAUAAACUGCAG